AGUUGGAUUUUUAAUAUUAUCAUUGAGUAUAGUAUCAUUUAAGUGUUCUGUGAUCAUAAUUAAUUUAUAUGAACAUCCAGAAUAUUUUUGAAAAUUUGAAAUAGUACCUAUGCUUUUCUUGUCACUUUUAUGUAUAUUACAAAAGAAUUUAAUAAAAUAUGUCUGUUGUGUCGUUUAUGUCCAAUUGCUAAUUUUGCCUGCCGUCUUUCCACAACAGUCAUGCAUCGAAAUAAACAAUUUUCAGGCCCAAACAUGAAGGAUUACAUUAAUUUUAUCAGGCCUUUAGUGCACCACAAACAUGAUACCAAUUACAAGUCAUUUCAUUUUAGUUUGCUAUCAUAUAAUAUACUAGCUCAAGAGUUGCUAGAAAAAAAUGCUUUUUUAUAUGAUUGGUCUGAUGUCCGUGUGUUGAACUGGGACUAUCGAAGACAACUUUUAUUAAAAGAAAUAAAACAAUUUAAUGCAGAUAUAAUUUGUUUUCAAGAAGUUCAAGAGUCUCAUUUAAAUUGGUUCUUUAAGAAAUUAUCAGAUUUAGGGUAUAAUGGUGUCUAUAAAAAACGAACUCGUUUUCAUUGUGACGGCUGUGCUAUAUAUUACAGAAAUGACAAGUUUACAUUAAAAGAAAAGGUCACUGUAGAAUACAAUCAACCAGGAAUAAAUGUAUUAGAUCGAGAUAAUGUGGGUAUUGUGUUGAGAUUGUCACCACGGAAAAAUGAAGCAGAAAAUAUAAUUGUUUCGACUACACAUAUCUUAUACAACAAAAAAAGGCAUGAUAUUAAAUUGGCGCAAGUUCAUUUAUUACUAGCUGAAAUUGAGCGUGUUGCAUAUAAAGGACACAAAAAAGUUGGUGAUGAUAAUAUUCCUGAAUACCAUCCAAUUAUUUUGACUGGAGAUUUCAACUUGGAACCUAAUACUGCUGUUUAUGAUUUUUUAAUCAAUGGUGCUCUAUUCUACAGUAAUUUACAAAAACCAACGCUUUGGUCUCAAAAUAAUCAAAGUGGAAGAUGUAACAUGGGAAAUGAACUUAUUCCCAAGAGUUUAGGCAUCACUGAAUAUAGUCAGCAUUCAGACAUUUUAGAAUUAAGAAAAAUAAAUAAUCAUAAGCGACAAAUUAAUGACGGUCUUUAUUCAAAGCUACAUCAUAGUGAAAGAAAAAAUGAACAACUAUUAUCAACACCGUCUUCAGAAUUCAAAUUUGGGUCUGGAAAUGUGUAUCAUAACCUUAAGUUUUCUUCUGUAUAUAAUAACAAUAAUAGCUGUUCUACAUAUCAUGACCAAUGGACUAUUGUAGAUUACAUAUUUUACACCAGUACAAAUUUAAAACUGAAAGCUUAUAUGAAGCUUCCAAAUGUUGCUGAAUGCCAGCCAAUAUUAGCUAUGCCAAACAGAGUAUCUCCGUCCGAUCAUCUACCACUGUUUGCUAAAUUUAUUUAUCAAAUAAAAUAAUAUUUUUGGCAUUUGUUCUCCAGCGUAAUCUUGUUUUAUAUUUUUAUUUAAUAUGUAUUACAGUUCCUACAUUGAGUACAUAAUUACUAAUUCAUAUUAUCAAAUCUAACUGUAAUGUGUAUAAUAUUCAGUCUUAACACCUUCUUGAGUUGUGUUUAAUUACCAAAGAAAGAAAUUUUAAAUUCAUUUAUUUAUUAAAAAGCAUUCUCGAAUAGCGAUCAUCAAUAAGAACAUAUAAUUUUAUGUUCAUGAUUAAUUAAUAGAAUAAUAUUUAAUAAGGAUAAAGCGGUGCACAUUGUAGGAUUGCUAAUCACUCUGAAAUCUAGAGCUAUCACACUUUUAAGUCAUUACUACACAAAAAUUUUUUCUGAUAUGUAUGUGCAUAUAUUUUUAAUUUUCAUAUUCUGAAGUAGAAUAUUAUUUUUGAGUAUUUCAGUAUUUUGAAGUCCAGAUUUUUAGUUUUUAGGUAUCAUUAAUAAUUAGCAUAAUUAUAACGCGGUUUACAAAAAAACAUUUUUUUUUUUGUUGAAUAUUUGAGAAUUUUUUGUGCUUAAGGAUUCCAUAGCUUAUUUUAGAGUAAUGUAUUAAUUAUAAGAAAAAUAACUUAAAUAUUUUGAUUUACAAUUAUUAUUGUAAUUUUACUUUGAGAACUACCUUUACAAAUUUUAGAUUCUGAGAGGUGUGAUGAAUGUAUUGAUUUUACAAUGAUGUGUUUUUUUAUUUAAAUUUAUUUUUGUGUCUGUCACCAACGUUUGGGGCAGUAAAACUGCUUCGAUUUUCUUCAACAAUAUCUUGAUUGAUGGUAAAGUGAUUAAUAAAUUAUUUCAUUCACAAUAAAA